AUGUCACUAGGCAAAGGCAAGGGCAGGGCAGGGCAAGGCAAGGCCAGGGCAAGGCAAGGCAAGGCAAGGCAAGGCAAGGCAAGGCAAGGCAAGGCAAGGCAAGGCAAGGCAAGGCAAGGCCAGGGCAAGGCCAGGGCAAGGCCAGGGCAAGGCCAGGGCAAGGCCAGGGCAAGGCCAGGGCAAGGCCAGGGCAAGGCCAGGGCAAGGCCAGGGCAAGGCCAGGGCAAGGCCAGGGCAAGGCCAGGGCAAGGCCAGGGCAAGGCCAGGGCAAGGCCAGGGCAAGGCCAGAGCAAGGCCAGGGCAAGACCAGUACAAGGCCAGGGCAAGGCAAGGCAAGGCAAGGCAAGGCAAGGCAAGGCAAGGCAAGGCAAGGGCAGGGCAGGGCAAGGGCAGGGCAAGGCCAGGGCAAGGCCAGGGCAAGGCCAGGGCAAGGCCAGGGCAAGGCCAGGGCAAGGCCAGGGCAAGGCCAGGGCAAGGCCAGGGCAAGGCCAGGGCAAGGCCAGGGCAAGGCCAGGGCAAGGCCAGGGCAAGGCCAGGGCAAGGCCAGGGCAAGGCCAGGGCAAGGCCAGGGCAAGGCCAGGGCAAGGCCAGGGCAAGGCCAGGGCAAGGCCAGGGCAAGGCCAGGGCAAGGCCAGGGCAAGGCCAGGGCAAGGCCAGGGCAAGGCCAGGGCAAGGCCAGGGCAAGGCCAGGGCAAGGCCAGGGCAAGGCCAGGGCAAGGCCAGGGCAAGGCCAGGGCAAGGCCAGGGCAAGGCCAGGGCAAGGCCAGGGCAAGGCCAGGGCAAGGCCAGGGCAAGGCCAGGGCAAGGCCAGGGCAAGGCCAGGGCAAGGCCAGGGCAAGGCCAGGGCAAGGCCAGGGCAAGGCCAGGGCAAGGCCAGGGCAAGGCCAGGGCAAGGCCAGUACAAGGCCAGGGCAAGGCAAGGCAAGGCAAGGCAAGGGCAGGGCAGGGCAGGGCAGGGCAGGGCAGGGCAGGGCAGGGCAGGGCAAGGCCAGGGCAAGGCCAGGCAAGGAAGAGUAUACUAGGGCCAGAACUAUAUAA